AUGUCUUCAAGGUUCUUGAGAGAAUACAAGAUAGUGGUUGUGGGUGGAGGGGGCGUGGGGAAAUCGGCCUUCAUUAUCCAGUUCGUCGGGGGCUACUUCCUCUCAGAACUGGAUCCGACAAUUGAAGAUUCCUACCGGAAGCAGUACUCCGUUGAUAGCGAAGUUGUUCUGUUCGACAUUCUCGAUACCGCAGGCCAGGAAGAAUACUCCGCGAUGAGAGAACAAUACAUGAGGACAUGCGAAGGCAUGAUCAUCAUGUACAGUAUAACGAGCCGGGUCUCAUUUGAAGAGGCAUUCGCUUUUCGCGAACAACUGCUCCGGGUAAAAGAGCGGGAUUAUUUCCCAAUGUUGGUCGUGGGCAACAAAUCCGACCAGCAUUCUGAGCGUGAGGUGCCCGUUCAGGAGGGUAUGGCUUUCGCCACGCAUGCAGGCUGUGGGUUCCUUGAAGUGUCUGCCAAAUCAUGCAACAAUGUCGAUCGAACCUUCUUCGAUAUAGUACGAGAAAUUCGUCGCUUCAACAAAGAACUCCCUUCUUCCUUAUCGAUACCUUCCAAAUUGCCUCAGACACACCGCAAACGAUCUCCAUUUUCUCCCAGAAGCCUCUCAAUAUCUGUGCGAAGAGCAACGAUAAGCGCCGAGUGAAGAAACUUUUGGAAAGAGGGGCCAACAUACAAGCACAACCGGGGGUGGAGGGCAAUGCUCUACAUGCAGCAUCAGCUGUCGGAC